UUCGGGAACCAGGAAGGAAAACACACGCCUGUGUUUACACACCCUUCUCAGACCAGUUCCUCACGUGACCCCGCUCUGCUUGCCAGCCAGAAUGUGACCCUUAAAGGAAAAGGGACCUUUUAAAAGCUCGCAGAUUUAUGUUGAAGGACAGAGCUGGAGCAAGGGGAGGUCACGUGGAGAAGGUAACCUUGGAGAGGCCUGACCCGAGGUGUGGGGACCCUGGACAGAAGGGCCAUCUGAGGUUUGAGACACACUCCCAAGCCCAGAUGUCUAGCUCCUCUGCACGACACACGCUGGGAUCUGUGUGCUUCUUAGACACACGAAGAAACUAUGGCCUGUAGCUGUGGCCAUCUUGGCCCGGAUCUCAGGUUAGAGGCUAGGAUUCCCGGUCAUGUUUAAGCACUACUGGGCUCUGGGAACCCCCAAGUUCUACAGCUGCAUCCCAGGCCAUUUGCCAUUGGUGGGGACCCACUUUCUGACUUAGGCCUGAGGGAGCUUGAACAGGGUGCGCCACUACCACCAGCACCAGGGCAAGAUUCCUUCCAGCCUGGACCAGAAGACAUCCUGUGUUGCUUAGCCUAGGCCCCCAGCUUCACAUCACCCACCAUUCAGGAUGACCUCUAGAUGACCUCUCACGGAGACUUGCUGGUUGUAGAUCUUGUCAAACUGACAGUCGAGAUUAACUGUCGCAGGAGACAGAAAAAGACCAGCCACGUUCCUGAUGGAGGUCGCCGUGUGGGCUGCCCUAGGACUCUCCCUCACAGGCAUGUCUGGCCUCAGCCUGGUCUCCCCUGCCUGGUUCCAGAGCUCUUCCUUCUCCUAUGGUGUCUUUGUGUACUGCUCCUGGCCACAGGGUGACCGCUGGAACCAGAGCUGUGUGACCUUUGGGUCCCCGAAGGACAUGCCUGGCUUGGCCUGGAAGGUGAGACACAGUCUCGGCUGCAUGCUUCUGGGAGGCUGGGUCCUGCUGGCCUUUAGCGCUCUUCUCCUUCUGGCCUGGGCACUGGCCCCGAGAAGGUUGUAUCCCGGGAGGGGCCCUGGUCCAACACCCACGGUGCAGGCAGCAGCAGCGGCCUCCACCCUUGUAGGUCUGCUGGUUUUUCCAGCCACUCUGGCUUCCCCAUUAGCCAAAGAAGUCUGUGAAGGCUCCCGCACAUACUACGGUGGAACAUGCCAGCUGAGCUGGGGCUACGCCACUGCCAUGUUCAACGCGGUCCUCACCAGCCUGCUCGUUGUCAUCAGAUGGCCUCGAGUGACCGCGAUCCAGAGGACAGCCACCCCCUCCUCUAGUGACACUCGGGAAAUCACUCUCGUGUCAGAAUAAGCAAAGGAUCAUCACUCAGGAAAAGCAAAAGACAAACAAGAACAAGCUACUCUACAGUCAUAUGAAAUUGUUACAUGUUCAAAUCCCACCUCCUCUGCUUCCCUGCUGUGUGACUGACCUCAGGCAAAUCACUUUCCCUUUCUGGACUCAUUUAUUCUUCGGUAAAUUGGAGGUUGGCCUGAUGCCUACUUAGUGGAGUUGUUAUGAAGGACUUUGAUUUGCCACAUGUAAAUGGAGCAUGUUGUGCCAUGUCUGUCACGGUGUCCCUGGCUCACAGAACUAAGGGGACUAGGGUGAGAAUUAAAUAUAUGGGUGGAAAGCACAGAGAGCAACCCUGGAAAGAUGGCUGUCUAAUCCAAAACGCUUUUUGUUUUUGUUUUGAUUUGUUUUGAGACGGUCUCAUGAUGUAGCCCUGAUUGUCCUAGAAC